GAAAGGGGGCGUGGCCCCACGGUCCCGCCCCCCCAACUUGCCGCGCCGGGCGCGCGGGGCCGCGCCGCGACGGACCGACGGCUGGGCUGGGAUCGGCUGGGAUCGCUGGCACCGGCGGGGAUCGCCUCGGCUCGGCCCGGCUCGGCCCCGGCCCGGCGCGGGAGGGCGGGCGGGAGGGGCGCGCUCCCCCCGAGCGGCGGCCCCGGGCCGCGGCCCCCCGUUGCGGUCGGAGAGGCGUGCAGCACCGGGCCCUGCGAUGCCGUUUGGUUGCGUGACGCUGGGAGACAAGAAAGAUUAUAACCAGCCGUCUGAGGUGACCGACAGAUAUGACCUGGGCCAGGUCAUCAAAACGGAGGAGUUCUGUGAAAUCUUCCGGGCCAAGGAGAAGACGACGGGGAAGUUGUACACCUGCAAGAAGUUUCUGAAGCGGGAUGGGCGGAAAGUGCGGAAGGCAGCCAAAAACGAGAUCAUCAUCCUUAAAAUGGUGAAGCACCCCAACAUCCUACAGCUGGUGGAUGUCUACAUCACCCGCAAGGAAUAUUUCAUCUUCCUGGAGCUGGCCACUGGCCGGGAGGUCUUCGACUGGAUCCUGGACCAGGGCUACUACUCGGAGAAGGACACCAGCAAUGUCAUCCGGCAGGUGCUGGAGGCCGUUGCCUACCUGCACUCACUCAAGAUCGUCCAUAGAAACCUCAAGCUGGAGAACCUGGUGUACUAUAAUCGCCUGAAGAACUCCAAGAUCGUCAUCAGUGACUUCCACCUGGCCAAGCUGGAGAACGGGCUCAUUAAGGAGCCCUGUGGCACCCCUGAAUACCUGGCUCCGGAGGUGGUGGGGCGGCAGCGGUACGGGCGGCCCGUGGACUGCUGGGCCAUCGGCGUCAUCAUGUACAUCCUCCUCUCGGGAAACCCGCCUUUCUACGAGGAGGCAGACGAGGAUGACUAUGAGAACCACGACAAGAACCUCUUCCGCAAAAUCCUGGCUGGGGACUAUGAGUUCGACCCGCCCUACUGGGAUGACAUCUCGCAAGCGGCUAAGGAGCUGGUGACACGCCUGAUGGAGGUGGAGCAGGACCAGAGGAUCACAGCAGAGGAGGCCAUCUCCCAUGAGUGGAUCUCUGGGAAUGCCGCCUCUGACAAGAACAUCAAGGAUGGCGUCUGUGCCCAGAUCGAGAAGAACUUCGCCCGGGCCAAGUGGAAGAAAGCCGUGCGAGUGACCACGCUCAUGAAACGCCUGCGGGCUCCCGAGCAGACGGAGACGGCGGCAGCCCCGGCCCCGGCAGCGACCCCAGCCCCGGCGGCGACUCCGGCCCCAGCGGCCACCCCGGCUCCGGCGGCGACCACGGCCCCGGCGGCGACUCCGGCCCCGGCGGCGACUCCGGCCGCCGCCCCGGCUCCCGCCGCCGCGGCCGCGGAGCCCGCGGCCACAGAGUCCUCCACCGACACGGCCGCGGCCACGGCCCCCGCCGCGGAGCCCGCAGCCCCCUCCGCCACCGCCCCGGAGCCCGCAGCCCCCGGCACGCCGCCCGCCGCCGCGCAGCCCCCGGCCCCCGGCACGCCGCCCGCCGCCACAUGUAACGAGGUCGGGGCCGCCGCCGAGCCCCCCGGCGAGCAGAGCGGCUGAGCGGCCCCCGCGCCCCCUGUACAUAGCCCCGGCAUGGCCCCAGCCCCGCCUGCGCCCCCUUUUCUACGUGCCCCGCCGGAGAGCCGGCCGCGGGGCAGAGCCCUGCAUGGCGCCCGUUCCCCCACGUCCCCCCAGCUCUCUCAGUCUGUCCCCCGCCGCCGUCCCCUCCCCCGGGGAUGCCCAGAGAGGCGGGGCAGCCCCCCUCGGCCGCACGCCCCGCAGCGCUGGGGGGGCGUCGCGGGGCCCCCCGGGACACGCGUGCAUGUGCGGGACCGCGGGCGGGGCCGCCCGGGACGGAGCGGGGGCCGUCCCGGAGACCCCCUCUCCGUCCCGGGACCCCCGGGGGGGAACGCGGGGACCCCCGCCCGGGGGCAGCCACGCGGCCCCCCACGGGUUGUGCCUGGAGGACCCCCGCUGCCCCCCCGGUCCCCCUCCCCGGCCCCCGCUUCCCUCCUCGCAGCUGCAUGCCUGCAGGGCCGGCUCUGCCCGCGGCUGCCGCCGCCGCCCCGCGCCCCGCCGCUGUAUCUCUGGCAAAUAAAGACCCCGCUGAGGACAAACUGAGACAGCA